UAAAAAAAUUAGAUCUCUCUCUCUUCUUCUUCUUCAUCACUCUGCCUAUCCUCCGUUAAACCCUAUACCCACAAAUCCCGCACCCCCGCGUUUCACGCCAUGAAUCCAUCGCUUCUCCUCCCAACCAAUCCAUCUCCGAACCGCGCAAUUCUCCUCCCCCAUUUCCUCAACCCCACCCCUGUCCGCCUCGCCGCCGCCUCCCGCAACCGCCGCAGCCACCGCGUUAGAAUCCCAAGCGUUCGUUCAUCUUCCGACAAUCCAUCUACAUCAACCGAUUCUUCUUCCACUUCUUCCAUCAAUAGCGCUGCGAUUCCCGUUAAGCCGGAUGUGUUCGGAGGCAAGAGGGAGCUGUCCGGCAUUCAGUUGCUGGUGGACUCCAUGCCACACCCGGUUAGGAUUGCUGGUUCGACUCUUGUGUUUGCAGGCGCAGUAGCGGCCGGGUAUAGCCUUGGAAUCAGGUUUGGUGGGUCCCGUAAUGCCGGAUUGGGUGGGGCUCUGGCCCUUGGAGCUGCCGGAGCUGGCGCGGCUUAUGCUCUGAACUCUUGUGUACCUGAGGUUGCGGCGGUGAAUUUGCAUAAUUAUAUGGCGGGAUGCGAUGAUCCGUCUGCUUUGAAGAAGGAAGCAAUUGAAGCUUUAGCAAAUAAAUAUGGAGUCAACAAACAGCAUGAGGCCUUCAAUGCAGAGCUUUGUGAUAUAUACUGCCGGUAUGUAUCUGCUGUCAUUCCUCCCGGAAAUGAAGAUCUUACAGGUGAUGAAGUGGAAGCUUUAACAAAAUUUAAAAGUGCAUUAGGCAUUGACGAUCCGGAUGCAGCAGCCAUGCAUAUGGAGAUUGGUAGGCGCCUUUUCAGGCAAAGACUUGAAACUGGAGAUCGUGAUGCUAACAUGGAACAGAGACGGGCAUUUCAGAAGCUGAUAUAUGUUUCUACCCUUGUAUUUGGAGAUGCUUCUUCUUUCCUUUUACCUUGGAAACGCAUGUUCAAGGUCUCUGAGUCCCAGGUUGAACUUGCUAUUCGUGAGUGUGCACAACGGCUUUAUGCUACCAGACUUAAAUCUGUUGGACGAGAUGUCAAUGUGGACCAACUUGUUAGCCUCAGGGAAGCACAACUUUUGUAUCGUCUUAGUGAUGAGCUUGCAGAAACGAUGUUCAGGGAGCAUACGAGAAAGCUUGUGGAAGAGAACAUAUCAAGAGCUUUAACCAUAUUGAAGUCCAGGACAAGAGAACCUGGGGAAGCUACACUUGUCAUUGAAGAGCUUGACAAAAUUUUGGCUUUCGAGAAUUUGCUAAUCUCAUUGAAAAAUCAUUCUGAUGCCGGUCGUUUUGCACGAGGAGUUGGGCCUGUUUCAUUGUCAGGUGGUGUAUAUGAUACUGAUAGAAAUAUUAAUGACGUAAAGCUUCUUUACCGAGCCUAUGUAACGGAUUCUCUAGCCAGUGGUCGCAUGGAAGAAAAGAAGUUUGCCGCACUGAAUCAUUUGAGGAAUAUAUUUGGUUUAGGCAAAAGAGAAGCUGGGGCAAUUACAUUAGAUGUCACUUCAAAAGUAUAUCGUAAACGACUUGCUCAGGCUGUACGUACAGGUGAUUUGGCAGCUGCUGAUAGUAAAGCAGUCUACCUUCAAAAUCUUUGUGAGGAAUUGCGCUUUGAUCCACAGAAAGCAAGUGAGAUACAUGAAGAAAUAUAUAGGCAGAAGCUUCAGCAAGCAAUCUCAGACGGAGAACUUAGUGAUGAAGAUGUGAAUUCCCUUGAGCGGUUACAGAUAAUGCUUUGCAUUCCCAAGCAAACUGUUGAAACAGCACAUGCUGAAAUCUGCGGCGUUUUAUUUGAAAAUGUGGUGAAGGAAGCAAUUGCAGGAGGAGUGGAAUGGUAUGAUUCUGAAGUGAAGAAAUCUGUUAGAAAGGCAGCUUAUGGCUUACGCUUAACUAAAGAGGCUGCAUUAUCAAUUGCUAGUAAAGAAGUCCGGAAAAUGUUCAUAAAGUAUGUUCAGCAGGCCCGAGCAGCUGAAAACCGCACUGAAUCUGCAAAAAUAUUGAAAAAGUUGAUAUCAUUCAAUAGCUUGCUUGUCACUCGACUGGUUCAAGAUAUUAAGGGGGAAGAAGAAACAUCAUCAAAAUCUCCGCAUGAGAAGCAUCCUAUGAAUGAUGAGGAUGUAGAGAAGCCACUAUAUGAGGAAGAGGAAUGGGACUCUAUGCAAUCCCUUCAAAAAUUAAGAAAAGAUGGGAAAGACUUCAGAAAAGGCAUCCAGACCGAGAUAACCCUGAAAGGUGAUCUUCCGGAUAUGGACAGAAUUGAUCUGUACAAAACAUACUUGCAGUAUUGUCUAUCUGGAGAUGUUACCAUGAUUCCUUUCGGUGGCCAAAUCACCACCGAACGGGACGACUCCGAGUUUGUUCUGUUGGGCCAACUUGGUAGCAUCCUUGGGCUCACCAACAAGGAGAUCGUCAAUGUGCAUCGUGGCUUGGCUGAACAGGCAUUCAGGCAAAAAGCUGAGGUAAUAUUAGCCGAUGGACAAUUAACGAAGGCCAAGAUGGAGCAACUGAAUGAAGUUCAGAAGAGUGUUGGGUUGCCUCUUCCUUAUGCCCAAAAGAUAAUACAGAGCAUAACGAGUACCAAACUGGGAGCAGCACUUGAAACUGCUGUGAGUCAGGGAAGGUUAAGUGUGAAGGAAGUUAGAGAGUUGAAAGAGGCUGGGAUUGAUAUCAACACUAUGAUCUCUGUGAGCUUACGUGAAAACCUUUUCCGGAAAACAGUGGAUGAUAUAUUUUCCUCUGGCACUGGAGUGUUUGACGAAGCAGAAGUGUAUGAGAACAUCCCUGCGGAUCUUAAUAUUAAUGCCGAGAAGGCCAAAAGGGUCGUGCAUGAUCUAGCACGUACUAGGCUGUCAAAUUCUCUCAUUCAGGCAGUGGCGCUUCUAAGGCAGAGAAACCAGAAAGGAGUGGUAUCUUCUCUCAAUGACCUGUUAGCCUGCGACAAAGCUGUACCUUCAACUCCAUUAUCAUGGGAGUUGCCGGAGGAACUUGCCGAUCUCUUUGUGAUAUACCUGCAAAGCGAUCCCGUGCCUGAAAACGUGUCCCGGCUACAGUACUUGCUGGAUAUAAGUGAUUCAAGGGCAGACACCUUAAGAAGCUUCAAGGGUAGGGUUGUCUCAGAAACUGCUGAAGAGGAAGAAGAGUUUGUUUUUUAACUUGUUUUCUUCAAAUUUAAAAUUAACAGCAGAAGAAGAAGAAGAUAAACUAGUGUCUGUAGCCCAUGAUUUGUCUCACCAGAUUUUUGGAUAUUUAUAGGGAAAAUGUAAUAUGAAUUUGUUUCAUGCAUGUAUGAGAGGCAGGUGGUUUGGAAUUUUGGAUCAAGGUUUAAUAAUAAAAGUUUAUCCAUGACGUGCAAUAUGAAUUAAACACGUACACAAUAAAUUCUACAAAAAUAAGUGGUGAGAUGACUAUUUUUUAAAACGAUCGAUGAAAAUGUAUUAAGAAAAUAGAUUUAGUUUG